CACGAGCUGAGGUGUCAAAGACGCAUUGGUGGUAAUGUCUUUACGUCACACGCUUAGGAUUUCUAUUUCGUUUUGCUGUUUCAUUAGGAUUUCUAGCACCGAAGUAGAAUGCCAUCAUUUGACCAAGACUUAUCGAGGUAAGUUCAGUUUACCAUUGCUCAUCCCACCAAUCAAGUUAUGGUUUGUGAAACAUUUACUAAUCUCAGUAUUCGUUACAUAUUUUGCUGAACAUUUAGUUGAACUCAUCAAAUUUAUAUUUACAUGUCUAAUAAUGUGGCCAUACAUUGACAAGACUAGGGACAAGUAAUCGAGCUAAUAAAGUUUUGAUAGUUUGUACAUUCAGUGACAAGACUAAGGACUAGUUAACUAACCUAAACAUUCUUACCAGUUUGUAAAUUUAGUUACAAGACUAAGGAAUAGUUAUCAGUGUCGUAACUAAGGGGUGCUGACCGCUCCGGGUGACACCAUCUCAGGGGGGGCACCAAAUUGAAAAAUUGCCUAUUUACAGAGCACACUGCUCGGUUUACCCAAGUUUCAUAAAAGAAUCACUGAUUACACGCACACGUUCCACACAUGAACUCAAUGCAAUAGCGUGCUUUAUUAAGAGUUCAAGGUUCAUAAUGGCGUGCUUUAUUAAGAGUUCAAGGUUCAUAAUGGCGUGCUUUAUUAAGAGUUCAAGGUUCAUAAUGGCGUGCUUUAUUAAGAGUUCAAGGUUCAUAAUGGCGUGCUUUAUUAAGAGUACAAGGUUCAUAAUGGCGUGCUUUAUUAAGAGUUCAAGGUUCAUAAUGGCGUGCUUUAUUAUGAGUUCAAGGUUCAUAAUGGCGUGCUUUAUUAUGAGUUCAAGGUUCAUAAUGGCGUGCUUUAUUAUGAGUUCAAGGUUCAUGCGUCAAAAAAUGAGGUGAUCCUACGAAAGGCGCAGAAAAGCGUCUUUUGGCCAUGACUCAAUGCUGACUGAAGUGUUCGGGAACUUCUGUAAAUGACAGGAAGCUAUAUUUAUCUAAAUUCUAGGAAAUAAAGCUUUCCCUUAACACCAAAUGCAAUGUGGUCGGUCGAUUCUAAGUAGCCUAUAUGAAUCGAAUCGGUAAAGGUUAAAAACAAUUAUUUUUUAAAAACUUUUUAACCAUUUAUAGUUUAACAAAAUAAUAUUUUACAAAAUGAUAGAAUAUCUUUUAAUAAUUAAUUUAUUUAUUUUUAGUUUUGGAAACCAAAUAUAUCAAAUCUUAGAAAUACUCAAACAUAAAUGUUGUCGCCGAUUCGUCACUAGCACCGCCCUUUAACAUUUGAACACAAUUCUCAAACAGCAAAAGGUCUUUUACAUCCUCUCGGGAUGUCGCGUUUAUCUGCUACCUUUACCUUUGGGUUGAUCUACUUGAGGAAGUUAAUCUUACACAGCAAUAUCUGCAAACUGAAGGUUUUACUCUUGACAAAGUGGUGACCAACCUAGAGGCCUUAAGAUUGUUUCUACACGAGAAGGGGAGACACUUGGUGCAACAUGCUAUUGAAAAGGCACUUUUAAAAUCAGACCAGUGUGAAAUUUUGGUAGAGAGAAGAUAAAGGUUUAAAAAGAUUAUGGCAGGAGAACUGUUUACGAUUUGCCAUGGGACAGUCACACAAAUCUGUACUUCUAUUAUUUUGCAAGUAAGGGAACAUUAGCGAAACUAUAGUGCUAAAUGAAGAGAUAAAACAUUCACUUCUUUAGAGUUAUAACCGGCUGUUUCCUCGAAGUUAAGGCUGUCUGAUCUGGCUCUACUAUCAAUUUAAAGUGAUGCGGUGAAGGAUAUUGAUUUUGAUUCUGGUUCUGUUUCUGGUUCUGGUAAUGUUUCGUUGCUGCAUCCAUGUACUGGCAUCUUUGCAACGGUUGGGGAUAUGAUGUUGCUAUUCUAACAGCUCCUAGCUGAUGCCAGGGCAGUAUUGAAGCUUUCGACCAAUGUCGAGUUCAUAGUGGCUUCGUUGAGGUGGUUCCAUGCUAUUAUUGUGCGUGGGAAGAAUGAUUGUUGAUACUGCACUGUGUUGCACAGAGACACUUUGAAGCAUUUGCUAUUGUUUCUGGUGUAAUUGUUUAUGGGAAUGUCAGUGGUGAAGUCCGUGGUCAGUGAGCGUUUUGCUCUGAUCAGUCUACCCGGCAUCAGUGGGCUGAGGUACGUGCCUGCUGGGAUGGCCGGCACCAGUCCCAUGAUCCAUUUAUAUAAGAAUAUCAGGCGGAGUUCCUCUCGUCUGUCUUUAAGGGGGGGGGGGGGGGGGGGUGUCAAAUUUUUUUAUGACAAUUUGUGAUGNGGGGGGGGGGGGGGGGGGGGGAUGUCAAAUCUUUUUAAGAGGCCAGUGACGAAGCCAGAAGUGGUGGAUUUGUAGUCUCGAGAGAUAAAACGCACCGCGUUACGUUGAAUUCGAUACAUCUUGUCCACGUCUUGCUUAAGGUGUGGGUCCCAGGUGAUCGCACCAUAUUCCAGUAGUGGACGGACGAGUGCGAGAUAGGCAUUUCGUUUGCAGGAAGUUGGGCAGUGGAGCAGUUUCUUCGAUUGAAACCUAUGCUGGAGUUGGCUUUUUUUUUUUCUUUUUUUUAUAUGGGGUGAACAUUUUAGGUUAUUGGAGAAGAGAAUUCCAAUGUAUGGACUUUUGGAUACGUGUUGGAGGAUUGUCUCGUUUAGUGAGUAAAUAUGGGUUGAUUGUUUUUUUUCUUGAGAUUGUCAUAGUGUAGCUUUUGGUUUCAUUAAAUUUCAUUUAAUUGAUUGACAAGUUUGCAGCGUUGAAACCAGUAAAGUUUUCAAUCAAAUAAAUUUAAUGUUAUAAUAACUAUGACUUAAAUUAUACAUUAACCUCCUAACAUUCAAUUAAUUUGUUUUUCUCUUGUUAUCGUUAUACUGUGGACUUAUUUUAACGGGGGACAUCAGGAGUUAACCGCACCGGAUGACACCAACCGUAGCUCCGCCACUGCUAGUUAACUAGCACACACAAUCGUACCAGUUUGUACAAUCAGUGAUAAGAAUAAGGACAAGUUAACUAGCAUACACAAUCAUACCAGUUUGUACAAUCAGUGAUAAGAAUAAGGACAAGUUAACUAGCAUACACAAUCAUACCAGUUUGUACAAUCAGUGAUAAGAUUAAGGACAAGUUAACUAGCAUACACAUUCGUACCAGUUUGUACAUUCAGUGAUAAGACUUUUUUGUUUGUUGUUCGUCAGGCGAAGUCGACUAGGACCAUCGGGUCAUCCAAAGGUUAGGGGGAGGUUGGGUUACGGUGAGCUCGUAGGUGGCUUGCUAGACCGAUCCGUGCUCGGAAUAAUCUUUGGCACCGCGGGCAUGGGAUAAUUGCUUCAGACGGUGACCUAAUGUUGCUCUUUUGGUCAAGACUGCGUGUCUCAGCUGUGGUUAUCCUAUUAGCUUCAUGGGAUUUAGCCCCCUUUUUGACAGCAGCUCUCCACCUGGCUCUGUCCUAGGCAGUCUGCACCCAUUGAGUAGGGUUUAUGCCAAAGGCCUUUAGUGCCACUUUCAGUGAGUCUUUAUAACGCUUUUUUUUUACCUCUUUGGGAGCGCUUGCCUAUCGUGAGUUCUCCGAAGAAUAAAUGUCUCGGGAGCCGGUGGUCUUCCAUACGGGCUACGUGUCCCAUCCAACGGAGCGGAGACUGCAUCAGAGUGGUGAAGAUACUAGGUAGGUUCGCUCUAGCGAGGACCUUGGUGUCGGGGACUUUGUCUUACCACCUGAUGCCGAGGAGUUUCCUGAUGCAGGUUGUGUGAAAAUGAUUCAGUGUCAUGGCGUGACGCUGGUAGACUGUCCACGUUGCACAUCCGUAGAGCAAUGUCGAGAGGACUGCUGCGCUAUAGACCAUGAGCUUUGUUUUUCGUCUGAUACCUCUCCUGUCCCAAACAGUGCUGCGGAGCCUGCCAAAAAUGGCACUAGCUUUUGCGAGUCUGCAAUUCAUUUCAUCAUCCAUGACGACAGAUCUAGAGAGAGUGCUGCCCAAGUAAGUAAAUGUAUCCACCGGGUUGAGACGCUGUCCACUGAUGAUGAUUUUGGGUUCAACGUAGGGCUUACCGGGAGCUGGAGGAUACAUCAUCUCAGUCUUCUUUGUGUUGAUUGUGAGGCAAAAGUUAUUGCAGGCCUCAGAGAAGAUAUCAAAGCUGUGUUGCAUGACGACUUCUGAGGGAGCGUUGAGGGCACAAUCAUCUACAAACAGAAGCUCGUUGAUGGUGCUAUAUUUGAACUUGGUUUUAGCUUGAAGCCUCCCAAGGUUAAAUACUGAUCCAUCAGUGCGAAACCGGAUCGGCAAGCCCGUGGUGGAGUCCUUGAACGCAUCAGACAGCAUUGCGGAAUACAUAAUACUGAAGAGUGUGGGAGCAAGUACACAACCCUGCUUUACACCAUUUGUGACGGGGAAUGCUUGAGAUGAUUGACCGUUGUCCUGCACUCGGGCCAUCAUACCAUCAUGCAGCUGACGUAUGAUGUUGGUGAACUUGUCUGGGCAUCCGUACUUCUUCAUGAUUUUCCACAGGCCAACUCUAUUGACACUGCCAAAGGCCUUAUUCAAGUCGAUAAAUGUAGAAUAUAAAUCUGUAUUUUGUUCCUGGCAUUUCUCUUGAAGCUGUCUAGCAGCAAACACCAUAUCGAUGGUUCCGCGUUUUUUUGCGGAAACCGCAUUGACUUUCGGGUAGGAGACCUAGCUCCAGAUGUGCAUUCAGGUGGUUCAGAAGGGCUAGGGCCAAGAUCUUGCCUGCAAUGGACAGUAGUGAAAUUCCGCGGUGAUUGUCGCAGGGCUGGCGGUUUCCUUUGUGUUUGUACAGGUGGAUAAUUGAGGCAUCCUUGAGGUCUUGUGGUACAGUUUCCGUCUGCCAGAUGAUCUGGAAUAGACGCAAAAGCUUAUCCGUCAGCGCUGGUCCACCCUCUUUGUAGAUUUCGUCAGAAAUCAUGUCGAGGCCAGGUACUUUGCCAUUGGACAUUUUGCGAAUUGCUGUAUGUAUCUCAUCAAGUUGGGACGGCGUCUAGUGACUUGUUCUUUGGGACUUGCGGAAGUCUUUCAAUGGUGUCAUCAUUAAUGUUGGAAGGCGUAUUUAGCACACUUUCAAAGUGUUCCGCCCAUCUUUCCAAGAUUUUUCUCUUUGUCUGUCAUGACUGUAGAACCGUCUGCACUAAGGAGAGGGGAAGAGUCUGGGGUGGCAACACCAUAGAUUUUUCAAAAAGUUUUUCAUGUCUUUCUUGUCUGAUAAGACUAAGCACAAGUUAACUAGCAUACACAAUCGUACCAGUUUGUACAAUCAGUGAUAAGACUAAGCACAUGUUAACUAGCAUACACAAUCGUACCAGUUUUUACAAUCAGUGAUAAGACUAAGAACAUGUUAACUAGCAUACACAAUCGUACCAGUUUGUACAAUCAGUGAUAAGACUAAGCACAAGUUAACUAGCAUACACAAUCAUACCAGUUUGUACAAUCAGUGAUAAGACUAAGGACAUGUUAACUAGCAUACACAAUCGUACCAGUUUGUACAAUCAGUGAUAAGACUAAGGACAAGUUAACUAGCAUACACAAUCGUACCAGUUUAUACAAUCAGUGAUAAGACUAAGGACAUGUUAACUAGCAUACACAAUCGUACCAGUUUGUACAAUCAGUGAUAAGACUAAGCACAAGUUAACUAGCAUACACAAUCGUACCAGUUUGUACAAUCAGUGAUAAGACUAAGCACAAGUUAACUAGCAUACACAAUCGUACCAGUUUGUACAAUCAUUGAUAAGACUAAGGACAUGUUAACUAGCAUACACAAUCGUCCCAGUUUGUACAAUAAGUGAUAAGAUUAAGCACAAGUUAACUAGCAUACACAAUCGUACCAGUUUGUACAAUCAGUGACAAAACUAGUGACUGCGUUGCUAGCAUGUAUUAUCAUGACAGUUUGGCCAUUAAAUGAGAAGACGAGAAUGACAUAUUAUCUUAUUUUUUUCAAUUUCAACCUACCAGUAGAGUUAGACACAUCUGAUCAUGAUGGAAAAGAUUGACCACAAGCUGGUUAGUGAGCCUUCAAUAAGUAUCGUAUACUUUUGUUUUUUAUAAAGACUUAAGACUCCUAUCUCUCAUGUUGCAUUUUCGCUAACCGAUUACAAAAAUAGUUUUAAUAUGUAAACUUCGAUGCCAAUACUUUUGGCUAAAGUCUAAAGUCUAGUCUAAAGUCUAAAGUCUAGUCUAAAGUCUAAAGAUACGUAUCGAAUGGUUUGCAAAAUGUUCUGCCAUUCAUUAUUUUGUUUUGUACAUCAUUUGACACAGGUGGUCUUGUGGCUUGUUUUUCUCACGUCAUUGGGAGCAGCUGCCAAAAUAACAGGUAAUGCAUUCAAACAUUAUCUCUUCGGGCAUGUUUGUUGUCUGUAAAGCUAUUUCAAUUUUUUUAUGUUUUCAUUUUUAUUAUUAUCUAAGGAUCUAAUUGUGAGGUGGGUGUAUGUAUAUAUGUCUCUUUUAUGGCGAGGUAGGCUACUCUUUUGAUUUGAACUGUGAAUUCGGAGUACUCUCUUUCCCCCCCCCCCCUUUUCCGCAACCCUCCCUAGGAGAAUAGUCGGAAAAGCAGGCCAGCGUUAUCCAAGAGACAGAAACUGCGGAAAUAGCAGCAAUGUUAAAUGAGGAGGUAGUGAGGUAGUGAGGUAGUCAGGUAAAGGUAGUGAGGUAGUCAGGUUGUCAGUUAGAGAGGUAGUCAGGUAGUGAGGUAGUCAGGUAGUAAGGUAGUGAGGUAGUCAGGUAGAGGUAGUCAGGUAGUCAGGUUGUCAGUUAGUGAGGUAGUCAGGUAGUGAGGUAGUCAGGUAGUGAGGUAGUCAGAUUGCGAGGUAGUUAGGUAGUGAGCUAGUCAAGCAAUGAGGUAGUGAGGUAGUCAGGUAGACAGGAAUUGGGGUAGUGAGGUUGUCAGUUAGUGAGGUAAUGAGGUAGUGAGUUUGUCUGGUAGUGAGGUAGUCAGGUAGUCAAGUAGUGAGGUAGUCAGGUAAUGGGGUAGGGAAAUACAAAUAAGUAUAUAUAAAAAGAGCCAUGCUGUGCUGAAUCUCGAUGAUUUCAAGCUUCACGCAUCUACAUCUUCUCCUACUAAUAAAGUUUUUGUUGCUACAAAUUUCUUUAAAACGAUAUGUUGCUUCUAACUUCAAUUUUUCUAACAUUUGAUUGAAUUGCUCACGUGUAACUAGCUCUGAAAGUUGUCAGGCAACCUUUGCAAGGGCUCGGAAGUGAGUAAAAUUGGACUGAUUCAAUUAACUAAUGUAUAAUUUCAGCUUAGAUUCAAAAACAUUGAUUUCUUUUAUCAGCGUUAGUAUGAUUUGAAUACAACCGUGCAUAUUAAAUUGAAUCUAUGAAGUUGAUCUGUGGUCUGUGAUGUCAGUUAGAAAUGAUAGGCUUGCAAUAAACUCAGAAUCAUGCCAGAAUCUUGCCAGAAUCUUGCCAUCACUUUCCAUUUGCACAUCAGUAUGAAGAAGAAAAAAACAUAAAUUUCAUACAUAUUCUUCUAACCACGUUUUAAGCUUUGGUUAUUUAAUGAAUUAGCUCGAAUGAAUUUUAUAGUUUUCACCCCACUAUACAUAGCAUUUUGCAGUGUAUCAUCUUUCAGCCGUGAGCAAAGAGAUUGCUGUUGACUUACACAAUUAUACCCAUAAUUUGAAUGUCUGAGAAAUUGUUCGCAGCCUUCAGAAAUCCAAUCAAGCCAACUCUCUACCCACCAUUGUAGGAGCACCAUCUUUUGUAACGGAAAUUUGCUUCUUAUGUCCCAGAGUCACAGAGACUACUGUAUGUUCUACUGUCCCAGAGACUAUUGUAUGUUCUACUGUCCCAGAGACUAUUGUAUGUUCUACUGUCCCAGAUGAAGGUGUAUGUUUUACUGUCCCAGAGACUAUUGUAUGUUCUACUGGCACAGAGACUAGUGUAUGUCCUACUGUACCAAAAACUAAUAAUAAUGAUAAUAAAGUUUAUUUGAAAAACAUGCUUCAUCCCCAAAGGCUCGAAGCGUGGUACAAAGACAACCAUAUUAAAAGAGAAAUGAAAAAAUCUAUAUUAUACCACAUUAAAAUACAAAACGCAACAUUGCAAAAACUACAUACGAGACAAACCCAUUCAAAGUCUUUCAUCCCUUAACAACACAGGCUAAUAUAUAUCUAGGAGAUAAUAUCUAGCUGGAAAAGAUGGUAGACAAUAUCACCCCAGCAGGUGUUUGCGAAAUAGAUGUGUUUUCAAUUCGGUUUUGAAAGACUCCAGUAUCUGGCUGUUUCAGAGAGCGACAGGAAGUGUGUUCCAAAUUGUUGGGCCAGCAAAUGCGAAAGUGCGCCUUCCGUAAGUCUUUAGGCGAACACAUGGUAUCGAGAGUAUGCCACUAUUGCAUGAGUGGAGUUGUCUAGUGGGUAUAUACCUCGUCAUGAGCGCUUUGAGAUAGGACGGCGCCAGGUCAUGCAAGCAGUUGUCGCACAGAGUUACAGUUUUGUACUCUAUGCAAGCGCAGACCGGCAGCCAAUGUAACUCUCUCAGAAGUGUUUUAGCAUGGUCAAAUGUGCUUUUGCGAAGAACAAUUUGCGCCGCAUUAUUUUGUGUGUUUUUUGUUUUUUUUAUCCAGGAGCGUUGCUGGAAGACCCCUCAUGAGAGCAUGGCAGCAGUCCAUGAGUGAUAGCACGAAUGUAGACAUCGGUCUCUUUGCAAGAUCAAACGUUAAGAAAGGUGUGAUAUGAAUAAAUCUGCGCAGCUCUAGAAAAAUCGCCUUCCAGAACAUGUUAAUGUGAUUUUCCAUAGUUGGUGUUCUAUCCAAGUAGACACCCAGGUCUCGCACCGAGAAAAUUCAAUCUGUAUUCCUGAGAGAGUAAGGGGUGGUGUGUUAUUUACAGAUUUUAGCUUUUGAUCGGUAGCAAUGGGGAUCAGUUUGAUCUUAUUUAUGUUCAUCCAGUGCUUAACUGACUCUACUGUCGUCUGUGUCAUACUAAGAAGCUGAGGGAACUUAGAGGGGAACACGGAAUGCUAAAGUUGGGUAUCAUCCACGAACAUGUGAUAUAGCAUGUCAAUCUGCUUGAACACUGAACCCAGCGGCUGAACCUACAUAGUGAAAAGCACCAUGCCUAGGACCGAGUCCUGGGGUACUCGGAAUUCGAUAAUAGAUCGCUUCGAGGCCAAGCCGUUUGUGAUAACUGAUUGGAACCGAUUUGUCAGAUACGAACGGAACCAUCUCAGGACGGUAUCGGUGAAACCGAAUGUUUUUUGCAGACGCUGGAGAAGUAUGCAGUGGUCGAGCGUAUCGAAAGCUGCCGAUAGAUCAAAUAACGACAAAUAACAUCACAAGAUGACAGAAGGUCAUUUACGACACGCAACAGAGCUGUCUCAGUAGAGUAAUGCGCCCUGUAUGCUGACUGGAAAGGCUCAAACAAGUUACACCGAGUGAGGUGGUUCAGGAGCUGGCGGAGAACGACUUUCUCUAAAAUUUUGGACACAAAGGGCAGAUUUGAGAUUGGGUGAUAAUUUUAGGGUCGAGGUUAGCAGUGGAGUUAUAGCCGCCUCUUUAACAGAGGAUAGGACAAUACCAGUUUUCAAAGACUGAUUUAUGAUACUAUUUAUGAAAGGGACUAUUUCAUCCAAACAUUCGUACAAUAGCCAUGACGGAAGAGGGUCGAGCAAACAUGACUUUUUCAGGGAGUCAACAAGGAUUUUUUUCACAUGCGAUUCAGUGACUUCUAAAAAUUCGCUCAAAGGAGUGCCGUUAAAUGGCAAGACUUCGGGAGCAUCGGUGAAAAUGUCAAGUCUCGCACUGAUCUUCGUAACUUUCGUAAUAAAAAAAACUCAUUUAGAGCGUCUGGCAGCUCGCCUACGACAAUGUUAUUUGGCAAAGAUGUAUCCUUCUGUUUACCGGUCAGCUUACCCACAAUACGUGCUAGUAAUGGGCUUCGCAAAAGCAUUUGACCAUAUGAAUCAUAGUUUGCUUCUACACAAACUCCAGAGAUAUGGGAUUCAAGGCACCACUAAAACAUGGAUCUCUAGCUUCCUAAGCCGCCGACGCCAAGCAGUAGUGGUGGGCGGUACAAGCUCCUCCUUUGUCGAUGUGAAGUCAGGGGUCCCCCAGGGAUCAGUCCUGGGCCCAUGUUUGUUCCUAGCAUACAUUAAUGACCUACCCGUGAAACUGACAUCACAGGCAAGACUGUUCGCAGAUGACACAGCAGUGUAUAGGACGAUCGCCAACAGAUCUGACCAGGACCAGCUACAACAGGAUCUCAAUCUGUUAGCUGAGUGGGAGAUGAGCUGGGACAUGGAAUUUCACCCUGCCAAGUGUCAGACACUAUCAAUCUCUAGAAGUUGUACUUCUCUACACUACAAAUACGAACUGCACGGCCAUAUACUUGAGCAAGUUUCCUCCGUAAAGUACCUGGGUGUUACCAUUCAAAGAGAGGUCCGCUGGGACGAGCAUAUUAACAAUGUAUGUAACCAAGGAAACAAGACCCUAGGGUUCUUAAGGCGAAAUCUAAAGAUUGGCAACUCCUGUGUGAAAGAAAGAGCAUAUAAAGCCUUUAUCCGUCCGAUUUUAGAUUAUGCAUCUUUAGUCUGGGACCCAUUUACACAGAAGAGCAUUGACAGGUUGGAGGCUGUCCAGCGACGAGCAGCACGCUUUGUCCUAAACCACUACAGGAAUACCUCUAGUGUUGGCAGCAUGCUAGAAACACUAGGCUGGUCACCAUUGGAGAAACGACGACGACAAUCCAGGCUCUCCACGAUGUACAAGAUAAAUAAUGGGCUGGUCCACUGUUCCAGUAUUAAACAGAAACUCGUCCCUCUCCCCCAUAGACAGCGACGAGGCCAUCACAGGCAAUUCAGGCUCAUACCAGCAAGAAGCCAGUAUAGGAGCUGCUCAUUCCUGCCCAAGACAAUAAGGGACUGGACCAAUCUUUCAAAGGGAACGGUUGAGGCGACAACACUAGACACAUUUGUGUCCAUUGCCUCAAGCCUUCAAACCCGUAGUGUAUGAUUUCCUCAUCAACACCAGUAACAGAAACAUUGCAAAUACCAUCUACAUGCAUAGGAGCCAAAAUGAUCAAUAAAUUGAUCGUGGGCCCUUAAGAUAUAGAAGAAGAAGAAAUAAGUCCCUACUUGAGCUACAAUCUACAAUAUGGGGACUGACAUAUUCAGUCCUAACUGCAAGGACCAACUUCUUAGUUCGUUCCUUGUAAUCAACAAAGAUUUGUCGUUGCACGGUCAAGCCAGACUUCCGCCAUUUGCGUUCUGCACGUCGCUGCUUCUGCUCUGCGUCCUUUAUUUCGGGCAUGAGCCAAGACGCGGAGGGUGGUCCGUAACGCACCGUGAGUACAAUUGUGCAUGUUUGUCUAAAAUGACUCUGAGGCCACUGUCGUAGUCUAUGGUAGAGUUUUCUUCACUGUACCUGAGGGCAGCGACAUCAUAUCUGAAGGCCACUAGAUCUAUCUUUCGGAGGUCACUGAAUGUGACUGUGUGCAUAAGGCGCACUGGCUUCCUCAAGUCAAAGUCAAAGUCAAAGAAUACUGGGAAAUGAUCAGAGAUCAGUUUGUCUUCGAAGAUGAGGUUGCGGAUCAUAGCUGCAUGGUCCUCUCUGACAACCAGCCAAUCUAGGAUGUGACCCCGCUUAUGUGUCGGGACACGGACAAUCUGGGUCAUUCCGUGUGUGUCAAGAGCUAAUAUAGGGUCUUCACAUAGCUGUCGGUGGUGGAAUCAUAAUGGAAGUUUGUGUCACCAAUUAUGAUGACGUUGUUGUUGGUGGUGGCGUACAUGUCCAUGAGCUGUAGAAACUCUGCAGUAAACUGACAGAUAUUCAACUUAUUUUGCUUAUUAGGAGGUGGCCUGUAUAUGCACAGCAACGUCAUCACUUGGUCACCAUAAUAAAGUUGCAUCCUGCACAUCUCAAAUGAAACAAAUUCGUCCGAUUUUGAGAAGGCCACAAUAUUUUUGAGGGAGCUCCUGUAAAGAGCAGCAAUACCCCCGCCACUACGCGACUGCCUUGGGCAAAAGUGAAGGACGUAGUCUGGAGGUAAAGUGUAAUUUCUUGCAGCUUGACCUCAUCUCCGGCAUAUUUAAACCACGUCUCGGUAAUGAAUAUAGGGUCGGCCCGGCUCUCCAAAACCAGAUCACACACCUCAAAUGUUUUAUUCCUGCAUGAAUGGGAGUUGAAAUACAGCACUCCGAAAAGCCGUGAUUGCGGCUUGACAACAGGCUGGCAGUCCACAAUAGCUAGCUUUGAUCUCGUCACGCCCCGUGGAGGCGAUGUGAAAUCAUGAGCCACUGGCUGUGACCUUAUGAUUGACACCUAGGGAAUGGUCGCUAUGGAUGACACGGUAGGUGGCUGAUUGCCGUCAUCCACCUCGUCACUGAAAGCUUCGUUUACGAUCUCCGCAAGCAAUAAUAUUGACGUAGCUGUCGCCAUGGUGGUAUUUCAGUGGACGCUGUUUCCGGCGACAAGCGCAAUAAAGACGCUUCUUCUUUCGUCGUGCGCCAAUUUUCCGUCCACUACCACGAUGCGUAUGCUUCCGGGGCAGACCUCGACCAAAGGAAAGUUCUUUCAGUCGAUACACGAGGUCAGUGGUCAAGUGUAUACGCUAGGCAUUCAUUGACAAUAGUCGAUCACGUGAGUAGAUCAGCACAGCCAGAUUUCCUCCGUGGAGCCGGGGUGUGCCACCAACCGUGUCAUUAGCUGGCAUGAGCGAUGAUUGUGGUGACAACAAAGAUGGCCUACCGUGAAGGAACGGGCAAACACCCACAAAAUUACAAUAUAAUCAAGAUCUCGAUCCUAUACGUGCGUGGAAGGCGAAGUCUCGAGCUCAAGACAAAUAUUACUUACGUGAUAUUGAAUAUAUUUGAUUAUAAUAAUAGUUUCUCAACACCUUCCUGUUUUUGUACAAUUUCGGUAAACAAAACUUUGUAAGGCAGCCAUCUUGUUGCUAGCCGGAAGUAUAUAUGGUGUAUGCCCUACUGUCCCAGAGACUAGAGUAUGUCCUAUUAAUAUUAUCCACGAAUUGCCUUCUGUGAGGGGUGGGGGUGGGGAGCGUACGCAACACGUUAGGAACCAAUACAAAGAUUGACAUAUCACGUCAUAAUGGUUUAUAAAUAAUUAUUUUUUGGAGUGGAGGGACGAGAGCUCAUUGUACGUAUGCUGAAAGUGGUGUCGGGGGGAGGGUGUGGGUGUAUGCGUUAUAAAAAUAUAUGGAGUGUCCCUAAUAUAAAUCAUUCCAUAACCGUUAACCUGAGAAAAAACUCGCAUUUUCUACAUACAAGAAAAUAAUUAGUAACCAGAUAUUUAUAGUGAUCGCCAUAAUGAUUUGUUUGUAGUUUGCUGGUUUAUAAUAAUAAUUUUUUUCUAAGUUCCCUCAUUUGAUCAGCUUUAGAUGAAUAGAUGGCUUAAGUCAAUGUACACCAAAGAACUAGCUUGUCCUCAAGAUCCCCUACCCCCGUCCCGAAGUGUCUGCAUUUGUCCGGUUUUUAAGGAGCGACCUCCCCUUUCCCCGUAUCUAAGGACGUCCUUUCAAGAUGACCCUAACAACCAAACAAGACCAAGCCCAAAACCAAACCGCCCAUCAAAUGGACCAAAACAGUAAACCACGUGUCUCCCUUGUCCAGUGUCUCCAACAAAAACAAAAAAAGAAGCAGCAGGUCAAAAUAAGUACCGUAUGAGAAUGAAAUAAAUGAACUCAAACUUCUAAGUGGACAUUUCAUGCAAAGCUAUUUUCCCUCAUACUUAUUUGCCUUCACAGAGCUUUAAACCUAAAUAAUAUUAAGAUGUUUUAAUUGUGGUUUGUAAGGUGAGAACGAAGAGAAACACCAUGUGCGUGGUUGGAUGCAAGACGCGAUAGAAAGCCAGAGCCGGACAUCCAUCUCAACGGGACGUGGUACAGGACGCAGAACGGGACAUGGUACGGGACGCAGUACAGGACAUGGAAAAGGAAACGCUACAGAACAUGAUGCCAGACAUAGUGCGGGACAAGGAAAAGGACACAGUUCAGGACAUGGUAAACGUCGCUGUAAAGGGCACAUUACAGGACAGACAUCGGUACAGGACACUACAACAGCCAAAGUCCCCACUACCUCUGAAUACAAUCAACCUACAGCCAAUCACGUGCCGGUUAUUUCAGGUAAAUUUUAUGUUCUUUGUAAAUAAACGUGGUACAAUGAACUGCACUUGGUUGUCAACGGAGGGAUUACAAGGACUGCGUGAAGAUGGGACGCUAUGCAAUCAAUAAACGUUUAAUGAUGGCGACAGAGUGUGCUAUAUACCGUUGGCUAUCAAUGUAGCACCUAGCUGAAUGUGCUGUAUACCGUUGGCUAUCGCUGUAGCACCUAGCAGAAUGUGCUUUAUACCGUUGGCUAUCGCUGUAGCACGUAGCUGAAUGUGCUGUAUACUGUUGGCUAUCAAUGUAGCACCUAGCUGAAUGUGCUGUAUAUCGGUGUCUAUCAAUGUAGCACCUAGCUGAAUGUGCUGUAUACCGUUGGCUAUCGCUGUAGCACCUAACAGAAUGUGCUUUAUACCGUUGGCUAUCAAUGUAGCACCUAGCUGAAUGUGCUGUAUAUCGGUGUCUAUCAAUGUAGCACCUAGCAGAAUGUGCUUUAUACCGUUGGCUAUCAAUGUAGCACCUAGCUGAAUGUGCUGUAUAUCGGUGUCUAUCAAUGUAGCACCUAGCAGAAUGUGCUUUAUAUCGUUGGCUAUCAAUGUAGCACCUAGCUGACUGUGCUGUAUACCGUUGGCUAUCGCUGUAUAAGAACCUAGCAAAAUGUGAUGCAUACCGUUUUUUAUCGCUGUAGCACCUAGCAGAAUGUGAUGUAUACCGUUGUUUAGCGCUGUAGCCCCUAGCAGAAUGUGAUGUAUAUAGGGCAUCCUUCCGUCUUCGCGAGAUGAUGGAGUAGCUAUGUAGUCCUACACUUCGACGAGUGGCUCACUAGGCCAAUCCUAGAAUGACAAUCACGGUUGCAUUUCUCGCAGGAGAAUAUUGAUUCCUGGUAAAAUCUUGACUUCUGUAUUGUUCUUAUUGUUGCAAGGGCCUCGUUUCGCGUAUCUUCUGCCUUUUUUACUCCUUCAAACACUGCUGUUCGCCAGCUGGAACGUUGUUCGGCAAUAAUCUGCUAUUCUUUGUUUUCAAUAUUGGCUUCCCUCAUGCUCCUUUUGCAAACGUCCAUAAAUCUCCGGCGUGGCCGUCCAAUAAGUCUUGUCCCUUCUGCCAACUCUCCAUAACGCAGCAUCUUUGGGUUACGGCUUUUCACCAUUCUCCUUACGUGGCCUAACGAGCGAAGGCGCCGCUUGCUAAGAAAGGAGAAAAUACCAAACAUGUGUGCACGUUCCAAGACCCCCGUGUUAGGCACCUUGUCCUGCCAUCGAAUGCGUAAAAUGCAACGCAGACAUCUUUGAUGGAAGCUGUUGAGUUUCCGCUCCUGACUGGUAUUUAGUGGUCCACGCUACCAUAUAGGAGCGCACUAAGCACACAUGCCUGAUAGAUACUUACUUUUGUUUUAUCAGUUAGAUAGAGAUUAUUCCACACCCGCUUAUUCAGUUUAGCCAUAGUUGCUGCUGCUUUUGCGAUCCUGAUAUUUAUCUCUUUAUCGAGGGAGAGAGAACUAGAAAUAUUGGAUCCAAGGUUUGUGAAAUGCGCAACAACCGAAAGAUGAUGACCCUCAAUAGAUAUGAUUGGAGGGGACAGUGCUUCUUGCAUCAUUACAUGUGUUUUCUGUAGACCAGGCCUGCACAACUCAAAAUGUAAAUCGGGCCGUAAUACAUUAUGAAAAACUUGUGCGGGCCAAAAGAAAAUAAGACAGGACUUGUGCGGGCCAAAAGAAUAUAGGUCAGGAGGGAAGCUAUUAAGAAAAUAUUAAGAAUAAAGAGUUUUUCGUUACCUCGCGGGCCACAAAGUGGGUGCUGGCGGGCCACAUGUUGUAUACAAUGGUCAGUCACUAUAUCGCCUAGCAGAAUGUACUGUAUACAGUGGUCUAUCGACGUUGCACAUCAGUUUACCCUUUCAUUUGUGUUAAUCUUUUCAAUGUCACAGUCUUCAAUAUGUAUAGGAUAUGCUCUAUGUAAUCUAAACGCCAUGAAGUAAGUAAUAUAAAUAACACACUAUGGAAUCUAAAUUGCAUGGUCUGUGUAAUCUAAAUGACAAGGUCCAUGCAUUUUUAUUGCCGCCUGAGGCAGGCCAAGAUAUUUAUCAUCCAUGCCAAAUUAUCUCCCAUCUUUAAAAUGCUUCUCCUAAAAAGGAAGUAGUGCACCCCCUCUUCUCCCCCAAAUGCCAUUGUCUAUGUCAUCUAAACGUCUUAGUACAUAUUGAUGAUUAUCUCAGGGUCUUCAUUUCUCAACAGAGCAUCUCAAAUCUGCUAGAAAGGUCGAGCUUCCAACCUUUUCCGCUGAACAGUUCCUCAAAGACUGGGAAAAGCGCCAGAUAGAAAUAGAACAAAAAAGAUUCGAACAAAAUAAAGAAACAAGUUCUGACGCCAGUGCACAUGUAAGAGACCAACAAAAUAAAGAAACAAGUUCUGACGCCAGUGCACAUGGAAGAGACCAACAAAGGAAACAAACACGUUCUGACGCCAGUGCACAGGGAAGAGACCAACAGAAGACAGAAGUUGAGGCCGUAGAGGGCUCCCAGAAGACGGAAGUUGAGGCCGUAGAUGGCUCCCAGAAGACAGAAGUUGAGGCCGUAGACGGGCCCCUGAGCAGCAAGAAAUCAAACGAGGGGUCAUCUCGCCUUAAAGGUAGGCAAUUCAUAAUAUAAAAGGAUUUGAUUUCAAAAUCAGGGCAUCGCAUUCUUAAUCAGCAUUCACAAUGCUAGGUAACUCUUCAUAGUUUUCAUACACGAUAAGUAAAGUUACUUUUCAUCAACCCUAAUAGCUAACUGACCCGCAAGGUACUAACGAUGAGAGAGCUAAACAAACUUUAAUUAACAAUUAAAUAGAUAUCCAAAUGAUUGCUUAAAUGCUGAAUGCUGAAAAUUAUGUUAGAUUUGGGCGUCCGUACGUGGGGUGUUUUCAAUGACAGUUGCGCAUUCACAAGGCCUGAGCUAGAUGUUUGCAUGGAGAAUAUGCUGUUUCUCAGUACCUUCCUCGUGCAUACAUUCAUCAUGCCUUAUUGUACACACUUGUUUCAUCCAUAGGCGGAAAACCUACACCAGUCCGUCGCCGACCAAGUCGAGUCCGUCAUGACGCCGAUGACGUUGCAAAGUUCUUCGAACAUCGCUACAAUCAGCUGCUAACUCUAAACAACUAAUGCAAGGGAGACAACAAACAAACAAAGAAGCAAAACUAGAAGGAGAUGUCUGGUGUCGAUAAGCUGACAAGAAAGAAACAACUGUUGACAAUUUGAGGACCCUCGACAACUACUAUGGGAUAUAACUUUUGACGCAGUGAAGAACCAGUCAAGAGGAGACUACUAUCAGUUAAAAAAAAUAAAAAUGCAAGGAUUGAGGGGUAAUCUACCACUUGAGCGUCGGCUACGAAAAAAAUCGAUUUGUUCCGGUUUGAAGUGCUAUUUAUAAACAAUUAUGUUUUUAUGACAUUGUACAUUUUCAUUUCAGCACAUAUAGCCUAUAAGUAUAAUGCAAAUACUCCAAGGCUUUGUUUUUUUUUUUAAAUAGAAAAACUAAAACAAUUGAAAAAUUUAAAUGAAAGUAUAACUUAAACAUUUUGGAUCAACAAAAUUGUGUUUAUGCACCACAAAGGAGUGUUCAUUUAUUGGAUAUGUUCCAUUUCUGAAUUGGUUUAAAACAGUAUCAGCCGCCCACUCGUAUGAUAGAAAAUCAGUGAGUCGGACAGGAUAUAGCUUUCUACAUGGCACGUCAUUCUGGCACCCACUCUCUUUCUACGCCACCAAAAACCCAAUGACCCUCUCUCUACCGUCCACGGUGAUAUGUCCUGUGAAAAUAGUAAUUUUUUAAAUAGAACUUCAAAGUCAAACCGGAACAACUAGAUUUUUUAGAGCCGACGCUCACCAGAGUGGUAGAUUACGAGACGAUGAGGGUGUUAAUACUGAAGACAAAGACAUAACUCCGAAGAAGACACCAACUGAUAUUUAUUUUAAAAUUAUUUUUUUUUAUUAGCAGUACUUGCGGACACAAUCAAUUUAACAGGAGAGGACAACCGCGAACACUAAACAAUUUAUUUUAAUAAUGAAUGGACAAUUUAUUUUAAAAAGGAAUGGACAAUUUCUAACACUUAGUACCUAACACUAAACAAUUUAACAUACAAGAACAACUGCUAACUCUAAGCAAUUUAUCUGGUAACACUAAACAACAUUACAGAAGGAGACAAAUGCUGACACGAACAAUUUAACAGAAGGAGACAACUGCUGACACUGAACAAUUUAACAGAAGAAGACAACUGCUGACGCUGAACAAUUUAACAGAAUGAGACAACUGCUGACACUGAACAAUUUAACAGAAUGAGACAACUGGUGACGCUGAACAAUUUAACAGAAAGGUGGCAAAUGUUAACACUUCAAUAUAAUAGGAAAAGAAAAUUGUUAUUUAAUUAAAAAAACACAUUGAUCUAUUAAAACUCCAUAGUUUAAAAUGUAAAUAAAAUUCAUUUGCAAUCUUAACGGUUCUGGCGUUUUUGUAUUUAUUUAUUUAAUGUGUAUGGGCAUUAAUAAGCAGGGUUUAAAUUUUAAAAAUAAUUUGUAGGGGAGGUAGUCCC